UUGCUGAGUGAAGAUUCUCAUCCUUCAAGCAACAUGACAACACAAACACCUGCGAUCACGCCUCAGAUUGCGCGUCGCCAUGUCUGCGCCGGAGGUAACUCAGGUUAGUUUAUCCAUUUAUCUAUGUUAUUUUAUAAUACUAAUUAAUUGUAGAAUGACUUCAUGGCUUUCCAUGCCGCUCACUUUGGCAUUACCUCAACUGAACAUUUCGCGCAACAAUUCUUGGGUCCCGUAGAGGAUACAUAUGAAGCAGAGGUCGAAGAUGAUGGUCUUGGGUACUAUCCAGAUGGCGUCAAAAGAACCUUGACCGAUGAACAAAUCGCGAUCUUUCGACAUUCCGAGAUUCAAGCGAUUCUUCGAGAGCGCAGACAUGCCGCAGAGUCCAAUGAGACUAUCGCUGAGCAAACCACAUCCGGAAAUCCCAAUACCGACCACGUAGAAGUGGAUGAAGCUGAGGAAGAAGAUGGAGAGGUUGCUCAGAAUUUCUCGCAUCCUGACCCAAUUGGACCUGUGCGACCAAAGAAGAAGUCAAAGAAGGAACUGAAGAAAAUAAGAAAAGCGCAAGAAGCCAAGGAGAAGGGCUGGUUCAAGCAGAACGUCAAGCCUGACUUACGAAAGAGGACUUGGGACAAAGUAGAAAAGUCUAUCGGGUCUCUAGCGUACGAUGAUGAUGAGGGUGGUGGUAAUAGCCAUGCCUCAAGCUCAGCACCGCAGAGAAGGAAGGUAUCUUAUGAUGAUCCUUAAGCCACCUAUAGCUUGAUCUGAUUCAAGCUUCGAUGGUAGCUUGCAUUAUUCAUUCAAAAGGUCAGUGCUUCCUCUUCUCACCAUGUUCGCGCCGCCGACCGAAUGAUGAAAACCUUCGUAUCGUCAUCCUUAGUCGGAACUGGCAAGUAUACUCUGGCUCUUUCGGCCAGCUUUGGCUUGCCUUAGCUCGUCGACAUUUUGCUCUUGUAUACAUUGCUGGUCUUGAUGAGACAUAAUCUUCUCUCUGAAAUAUGUUUAAGCUUUUGCAUCCAUACCGUUACGCACCCUUUUUGAGAGCCCAUGCUGAUCGUAGUAGUCACCAAAUCUGCUUAUGAACGUGUGUCAGCACAGAAUAGUUCAUAGUCGAUUUCAAAUUCGAUCAUUGCACUCUUUCUUUAGGUAUGAUGAAAUACACUUUUUCUUUAGCUUUUAUGAUGACAAAGGGCCAUGAGGCCUGAAUAAUCCCAGCUCGUCGAGUGCCUCACAAUAAACGCAGAGUGCAUACUGAGAGAUAAAACCCGUUCUGAAAAGCAGUCAUUACAUCUUAUCUUUUAAAUUACUUCCACAAACUGCGUACUGACAGUUAUGUAUAGCUUAAGUUCUACCUACAUACACACCCAAUCCCGAUGAUUUCAUCCCCGCCAUCUCGCUGCACAAUAUCUCAAGAUUUCAUUGUCGGCACCUGGCUUCCAGACCACAGUCUUUGCGGACAUGAACCGUCUUUUCCUAUUUUCUUUUUCAAACUAAUGAGGGAAUCAAAGUUCUUUCAAAGCUGCCAUCAUAUAUUGUGGCCCUAGUGAAGAAAAGGAUAGUGGGAUUGGACAUGGAAGUUUUUUGAUAGCGACUUUUGAGCGCAAACUGUCUUCUUAGAGGAACCCACUGGGUACAUUUGUGAAGGAGUGGAAAUUGUAGGAAGGUCACAAUAUUUGCAAUUAAUUUUGAACAAGGGCACGGGAGUUGGAUACAAGACAA